UAUUUCUAGUACAUAAAUAGAUAGAUAUAUAUAUAUUAAGAAACUUAUAAGAUCGAAGAGAUGAAUCACAAAGAGCAUCAUCCUCAUCAGUCAACUAAUCAGCCACCUGAGGUGUUAUGGGGCACAGCCGUAAUGCGAAAAUGGCUAAAUCGAACAUCUAAAAAAUACAGUGCUGAUCCCGAGGAGGAGGAGGAAGAUGACGGCUGCGAUACUACCAUCCAAUACGUUGGCGAAGAAGAGUCUUGUGACUGGCCAAAUGAAUCUCGAUAUAAACAAGGAGUUGAUUUCCAGAGUGAUCCCAAUGGAGCUUUUCCCAGGUUGAGAAGACGAAAGUCGGAGACAUGUAGAGCACAGUACAUUGAUGCAAAAGAACUCAAAAUAUCAGUUAGCACUUGGAAUGUUGGAGGAAAACUUCCACCAGAAGACUUGGACAUAGAAGACUUGCUUGAUGUUAACAAUCCCGCCGACAUAUAUGUGAUUGGUUUUCAGGAGAUUAUACCUUUAAAUGCUGGCAAUAUUUUUGGAGCUGAAGAUAAUCGUCCGGUCCCAAAAUGGGAAACUGUCAUUCGUAGGACCCUAAAUAAAGUUCGACCUGAAAAUUCUAAAUUCAAAUGCUACAGUAACCCGUCUUCUCCAUCAAGGUUUACACCAUCUGAUGAUGCUCCAGAUAUAGAAGAUGAAGUAAUGCUAGAAAGUGAUAGUGAAGGUGAGGAGGAAUUCCACCCGUAUGUGGAAUCCAACUUCAAUAAUCUUACAGAUUGUCCAGCAGGGCUGAACGGAAGUUUGAGCACACUAUCGUGUAUGCAAGAUGGAGGGGACUUGGAAAAACGGUUCUCUGCUCAAAAGACAUUGGACAAGGUAAAAAGCUUUACAAUUCAAGAACCUGAAGAAAAUGUAAAAGUAUCAACUCUGAUUAAUAGCAGAAAGUUAACCAGAAUAGUUAGUGGGACUGAAAGGAUAGGGUUGUGUUGGCCUGAGCCACCAUUGGAUCUGUUAGCUCAGUGUGUAUCAGAAACACCGAACCUCUUGAAAUCGGUUAACUCAUUUAAGGCUUCUAAAUCUUUUAGAACCUUUGCUUCUUUCAAGUCACAUAUAAGUUCUGACACUCGAGUCAUACCGGAGGAAGCUUUUCUUGCUGAGCUGGACCUUGAUUCUACCAUGUACCGGAAAAGAAGAUCCCCAUAUGUAAGAAUUGUAAGCAAGCAAAUGGUUGGAAUAUUUAUCACCAUAUGGGUCCAUAGACGUUUGCGGAAGCAUAUCCAAAAUGUCCACGUGUCAGCUGUUGGCGUUGGUGUAAUGGGGUACAUAGGUAACAAGGGCUCUGUGUCGGUGAGCAUGUCAAUAUAUCAGACACUCUUCUGUUUCAUAUGCACUCACUUAAAUUCUGGAGAAAAGGACACUGAUAUAGCUAAAAGAAAUGCAGAUGUUCAUGAAAUACAUAAAAGAACACAUUUUAACUCAAGCUCCUACUCUACUCUCCCCAAGAGGAUAGAAAACCACAAUCGAAUUAUCUGGUUGGGUGAUCUUAAUUACCGUCUCAAUUUGUCAUAUGAGAAGACGUGUGACUUUAUUUCCAGGAAUGACUUGUCCAAGUUGUUAGAACGGGAUCAACUCGUACGAGAGCUGAGAAAAGGCCGUGCAUUUGAUGGAUGGUCAGAAGGCAUUAUAAAUUUUCCCCCAACAUACAAAUACGAGCCAAAUUCAGAAAGAUAUUGUGGUGAGGAUCCUAAAGCUGGAAGGCGAACUCCAGCAUGGUGUGAUCGCAUUCUUUCGUUUGGGAAAGGAAUAAGGCAGCUGAGCUACAGAAGGUCUGAACUUAAACUCUCUGACCAUAGGCCAGUGACUGCGUUAUACAUGAUAGAGGUCGAAGUUUUCUCUACAAGGAAGUUAAAAAAGGCCCUCGUAUUCACCAAUGCAGAGAUUGAGAAUGAUAAUAUCAUCACAGGAUUGGGGGUAGAUGUUGGUAUAACCUGCUUAAGAUUAACAUAGGUUAGUAGCUUAUAUUCUUUCAAAACAUACACAUAUCACCUUUGAGUAUAAGCAUUCAAGAACAUUGCUUGCGAUAAGUUGUGCGGGUUCUAACUUCAAAUAUGAUCUCCAAUGAAUAUGAAACUACCAUGGACUUGUGUUCCAUGGCAAGAUGUGUAUGGGUAGCCAAGCCACAUGCACAGGUUCAGAUGUGCUACCCUCAGUUGAGUUGACUCAAACUUUAAGGAUUCGCUCCGAAGGGUCGUGAUUGUGCUUUACUAGAAAUUUCUCAAUCGCGUCUCUACUUUAUAAUUAUAUACAAUAUUAUCAUUUUAAUUUAAAUGAAUUAAUUUACUCUAUAAA